AUCAUCAGUAACAAUAAGAAUUGUUACUAGUUUCUGUUACAUCAAAAGGGAUCAAGCCGUGAUCAAUGGCAUCGGACAAAGAAGAGAAAGACACGAUGAGUUACCCGGAACAGGAGAGAUCAGUGGUGAAGACAAGAGCAGCUUGCUUUGGUUCGAUUCUGGUGAGCGUUGCAGGAGGAAUCUUAUUAGGUUGGUGGGAGUAUCAGUAUCAUCCUUCAUAUCGUCAACUGUGGAUGGUGCCCUUUGGUCUUAUUCUAUUUGCUACACCAGUGAUUGUUUGGUUCUCUUUGGUGGUCUCUCAUAUCUGUAAUUCAAAAGAUGGUGAUGAUGGCACAAGGAUGAGUCAACCCGUUUAUGCACUCAGUAACUCCGUUUCUGCCAAGAAAGAUGAGCAAUGGAAUAACCAUGUAGAUCAUGUAUAAUAUUUUUUUUGUUUCAGCUCCA